GUGUUUAUCACACGAUCUGUUCGUAUGUGUGCAACGUGUUCCAUAUUUGACGUCUCACGUGUACUUUUUGCGUGUGUUUUUUUGGGUUACAUACGACGUCAAGAUUUUAUUCUUGUCAUUCUCGUCGCAUUCAGUGGCCCAUACAGAAUCGAGCCUUGCUUUAUUCGUUUCAAGUUCAUUAAUGCUGAUGUGAAAUUGCUUUUUCGUAUUUUCACGGCGUCGACAACAGUUGUGUGGCAUACUGAGUACGACCGAUUGAUUCGAAAUCAUACGACGAGCAUUCACAACAACACAGUACCAAUUGCAAAAAGGAAAAGGAAGAAAAAAAUCGGUUCUAAAAGGGGAAAUAUCAAUCAAUCUAUUUUUAAUGUGAUUUGUUUGUGCGGAAGAAUUAUUCGUCAACAGAACACCAUACUACAAGUGACAAUCGUGCAUUAAAUCAGUCAGUCGAUCGACGAACCUCGAAGUAGAAGCACACACAACAAUCAUCAUCUCCGACAAUUAAGCGAUUUUUUUUUUAAAGCGAAAAAGAAUCUGUGAUAAAUCAUGGCAACUCCAGCUGCAAAUAUUGUGACUAAAGCAUCGAUCCCAACCAAAGUCUAUCAAUUAUUGGUUAAAACAGCGGAACCAUUCGUACCGAAAAAACUACAACCACUUUGGAAUCAUCCAGCAGGUCCAAAAACAGUAUUUUUCUGGGCACCAGCAUUCAAAUGGAGUCUUGUCAUUGCCGGUUUGAGUGACUUAUCACGUCCAGCCAACAGCCUGUCCAUUGGUCAAUCAGCAUCACUUUUUGCAACGGGUGUCAUUUGGUCACGCUAUUCAUUGGUUAUCAUUCCCAAGAACUACGGUCUCUUCUCAGUGAAUGUAUUCGUCGCGUUGACUCAAAUCAUUCAAUUGAGUCGUGCUUAUAAUUAUGCACAAGAACAGAAAAAAUUAGCCGAAAAGCAAGGUGAAGGAGCACAAGAGCAACCGGUUGCCGCCACUGCAGUUGCCACAAAAAACUAGUUUAAUACAAAAGUGCAAUAGUUCAAUUGAAGAGUUUAAUCAUUUGUUUUUUUACGUACCGUGAUAACGAUAAAAAAAAAAACCAAAAUGAUACAAUUACGCUCUGAAAAUGGUACAAGAUAUAAAUCAUGGUGCGAUAGAGAAUCAAAAUCAAAGUGAAUCAAACAAACCGUAAUCGUUAUCAUUAGCGAUACAAUAUCAUAAAUCUGUGCUAAUUUUGGUGCAAACAUUCGCUUUGAUUUUCAUUCUUAUCACAAUCAUACUUGGAGUUCUGGGAACAUCUCACUUCGUUGCUUCCUAAAUGCGUACGAUUUUAUAAACGAAACAGAAAAAAAAAAUUAAACGAUUCAUGUAAUUUUAGUUAAUUUAUUAAAUUGCAUUGUGAACGACAUGCAUAUUGAAUCGCAUACGCACACCUCAGUUUACAAAAUCAAAUGUCGUCGGACUCAUAAGACUCAGGACUGUUGGAGCAGUUGAAAUUAUAACACAAAUCUUUUUCUCUCACUUGUUGAAUUAAAAAAAAAACAAUGUUCUUCACUGGUUGCGGUAAAUAAUUUUUGAGAACCUUUUAAAUCCAAAAUUCUAUACUUAAAUACUUUUUUUUUUUGUGUAAAUUAUUUUGUGUAUUGUAAAUAAUAUGUCGAUGACAAAAAAAGAUGUGUUCAAAUUGGACAUUCAAUUGUUAAUUUUCAACACCUUUUUUCUGUAAAUUUAAGUUAAGUGAAAAGGUAUACUACUCUAUAGGUGUGAAUUUAUAGGGAUCUUUUGUUAAAUUAUCAACAACAACAAAAAAAUAAAGACGAAUUCAGUUAUUUUCA